AUGAUCCUUCGCCAGAAAUCUCUGGACACGCUUCCAGUCGAGCUGCUCUACGAGAUCUACUUCUUCGCCCUGUCAGAGCACCUCCCACUGACCUGCAAACGUCUCCACGCCGUCUUCAAACAUGCACCUCCCUCAGUCCACGCAACAUAUCUUCUCAAUCGUCACCAAAUAUUUCUAAACAAAUCCACCGCGCCCAAACCGCAACUCCUAACAGUCAUCCUCCGCUACCCACUCGUCACAGAAGCCGUCCUCUCCUCUCUCCUCGCCCAUCCCAUCGUCACAUCCCAUCCCCACCUCCUCAUCCAACCCCCACACCUCCCUCGCCGUCUCUUCCGCUCCUUACAACAACGCCAACCCAGAAGCAUACCCCUCAAGGAACGCCACGCACCUCUGCCGUUCCUAAAAUUCCUGUAUAAUCAUCCGAAGAUCCCGAGACCGGAUACGAACGCACAUGAGGGCUAUGCAUUGGCUAGGGCUGUAUUGGCCGGUUUCGUGCCGUUGAUAGAAUUUCUGCUGGAUAAUGGCGCAGAUCCGGGGCUGAAAGGGGGUAUCGCUGUGAAGGUGGCCAUCCAGAUGCGGGAUCUUGGGUUAGUGAGGAUGUUGGUCGAACGAGGAUACACGCCACCAACUACCGAUACAACUACAGUUCCGUUCAGCUCACGAAGGUCAAGCUUCGGUCGCAGAAUGGAGGCCGCUGUGGCUGAUGCGGGCAGCGGUGGUGAAAACGCCACUGUGGCGUCUGGAGCCAAGAGACGGAGAACGGAGGACAGGAUGAAGGUGACCCCUGGAUUGCUUCAGACGGCGGUGAGGCAUGGUGCGAUGGAUAUAGUAGAUUGGAUGAUGAAGGAGAAGGGGUGUGUGCCCGACAUGAAGACAAUUAGCUUGAUGAUGGCGAUGAGGUCUGGACAGUAGACUUGGACGAGCAUUCAUACUCCUGACUCAUCGACCAAGCUCAAGCAUCCAGCAGGAGGUUAAUGUUAGGAUAUCUAUUUGUAUCUGUGCCUUCCUCGUAGUGGAUAUACCGAGUAUUGGAUCUGUGGAGACUUUACU